AUGGGACUGCUGGCAAACCUUGUCAUUGCCAUCCUCGUGGUGGCAUUCCUCAUCCUCAUAGCCUUCUUUGGCAGACUCCCAGCACUCAGGCACACACCGGUAGCAUGGCUGCAUCGCCUGAUCUGGAUCAGGAUACCCAGGGCGGUCCUGGCUGCCGACCAGCGCCUCACCUCCGGCCGCCUCACCUCGUCCAUCAGCCGCUUUUUCACCUACAUGCUCUAUGACAAGCACCCCACCAUCCUCGUCUUCUUCCUUCUCCUGCUCACCGUCGGCGAGAUCCUCUACCUGCCUGGAGCCUGGCCGCGCCUGUCCCGCUUCAACCAGGUCUUUGGCUUCAUCAGCAUCGUCCUGCCUUACUGGUUCCUCUACAAGGCCGCCUACACGGACCCGGGCAUCAUCUCGUCGGCUAACCACGCAAGGUACAUGAGCCACUACCCGUACGACUUCACCCUCUUCCACCCGGGCCAGGUCUGUAAGACGUGCCUCCUCCUCAAGCCCGCGCGCAGCAAGCACUGCAGCGUCUGCAAGCGCUGCGUCGCCCGCAUGGACCACCACUGCGUCUUCAUCAACAACUGCGUCGGCUACGCCAACCAGCAUUACUUCCUCCUGCUCCUCCUCACCACCGCCUGGCUGACCACCUACGGCGCGGUCCUGGGCUUCAACCUCGUUCGCGACUCGGCCAUUGCCAAGACGGGCAACGACAACUUUGCCCUCUUCAAGCGCGCUUCGAUGCCCUGGCAGCACUACUUCCUGCUCCUCAUGAUCGGUAUCCAGGCCGACGUCGGCGUCGGCAGCGUCACUCUGCUCACUACUAUGACUACCCCGAUGGUCUGGGCCCUGCUGGGCUACCACGUCUACCUGAUCUGGUGCGGCACCACCACCAACGAGUCCAUGAAGUGGAGCGACUGGAAGAUCGAGAUGGACGAGGGCUGCGCCUUCAAGCGCUCGCUCCACCCCCCACCGCCGCUCGAGCGCCACCGCGACCACGCCGUCGAGCCCGCCUGGACGCGCUGGCCCGUCGAGGCCAUGCAGAUCCUCGUGCGCACCGAGGAUGGCCACCCCCCGCACAAGGAGAGCCCGUACGGCUUUGGCGAGUGGGAGCGCGUCUGGUCCCUCCGCGAGGUCGAGAACCUGUACGACAUUGGGUUCUGGGACAACCUGACGGAUAUCAUGAUCAAGGAGUACUCGUUCCGCGCCGAGGGGAGAGGGGGCUUGCGCGAUGACGACGAGUUUGCCGGGAACGAGGAUGACGUCGAGGCGUACGGGAGCCGGGAGCGGCUUCGCGGUGGUAGCGGUGGUAGCGGUGCAAGUGGCAGUAGGGACGUGACGAGGGACGUGCGGCGGGCGCACAAGGAGCGCGCGCGGAGGAGUAAGAAGCCCAACAUCCCCACGGUAUCGGGGAUUGUCAAUGCGGCGACUUGA